AGUUUAGUUAAUCAAAUGACAUUCUGGCCUUGCCGAGUUUACGCUGUCCACCUCCUAGGGCUUUUCUCAGUUAAAAUCGGAUUCCAGGUUCAGAUCAUCCAAACCAACCAAAGAUAAUAUCAGUUUGUUUUCCCCUAUAUUUUUGUUUUUUUGUUUGGUGACUCGGUCGUCGUCGUUGUCGUCUUUUCUUCUCAAGCAGAAUCAGAAUGUCUUACGCUUACCUUUUCAAGUACAUAAUCAUCGGAGAUACCGGAGUGGGGAAAUCAUGUCUUCUUCUUCAGUUCACCGACAAGCGGUUUCAGCCGGUACACGAUCUUACCAUAGGUGUUGAAUUUGGGGCCAGGAUGAUCACCAUCGACAACAAACCCAUUAAGCUCCAAAUCUGGGACACCGCAGGUCAAGAAUCCUUCAGAUCCAUUACCAGGUCAUACUAUAGAGGAGCUGCUGGUGCCCUGCUUGUCUACGAUAUUACCAGGAGGGAAACUUUUAAUCACUUGGCUAGCUGGUUGGAGGAUGCCAGGCAGCAUGCUAAUGCUAACAUGACCAUCAUGCUCAUUGGUAACAAGUCUGACCUUGCUCAUAGGAGGGCUGUAACCACUGAGGAAGGCGAGCAAUUUGCAAAGGAGCAUGGUUUGAUCUUCAUGGAGGCCUCUGCUAAAACUGCUCAGAAUGUUGAGGAGGCAUUUAUAAAAACUGCUGCAACCAUAUACACAAAGAUUCAGGAUGGAGUUUUUGAUGUCUCGAAUGAGUCUUACGGCAUAAAAGUUGGAUACAGUGGGAUUCCAGGGCCUUCUGGAGGCCGAGAUGGUUCUUCUUCUCAAGGUGGUGGUUGCUGCAAUUGAAGUUUGAGUUCUCAUUUUCAAAAAAAAGAAAGAAAGAAAUACAUCUGGUUCAUGUAACUUUAAACAUUCUUUUAGUUCCUUGUUUAAUUUGAUAGCCCCUGAAUACUGCGUCAAAGUGUGGUUUAUAUAAUCCAUGUACAUGCGUUCUCCAUUUGAUUGUAAAUUUGAUUUCAUUUGUGAGAAUCGUGAUGAAGAGAAAUUGUGAAAAAUAAGUUGAUUUAUGUUUUGAUGAUGUGUUUAUAUUUGAAUCGAGUGAAAGCUUGUAUUUUUCAGGGCUA